AUGGGCAAUCUUAACCUUUCUCCUGACGAGGCUAGUUUACUGAAAGCCUAUCGCAUAUCCUCUCUGAAUCCUAGGCAAGAAACACGAGCACUUGUACCCUACUUUGAAAUUCAACUCAACAGGGGGGCACUUCCAGACGCGCCUGAGUUUGAGACCGACCCAUUGGGAUUGGGAGUCACAAUAGACCUCCGCGAUAUGGAUAUGGAGUCGAAGGCGUUGAUUCUGCUGUCAUCCAAAUCCUUCGACCCCAAGGCAUUCCUUACUGCAGUUCAUCCGAAUGCGACAUAUCAGGAUCUAGCAUCGGCCGUAAACCACCUUCGAACCGCGAUUGACUCCCGGUCCGAGGCUAUUCGUGUCUUGGUCGAAGACAAUUUUGACAGGUUCGUAGCCGUAAAGUCUAAUACCGAUGCAUUGUACGCAGAAAUGAAGUCGGGGUUGCUCGAUGGGCAGAAUGAGUUUGCUUCCAAGCGCCUACGGGAGACGCUCAAACAGGCGUCUCAGAAGGCUAGCCAGGUGUUUUUGCCAGUCUUAGAGAACGAUUCCAAGGCGACUAAAUUACGUUCAACACUUAACGUUUUUGACCGAAGUAAAUUCUUUUUCAAUCUUCCCGGAAGUCUGGCGGAACAGAUCAACGCCGGGCGCCACGACGCCGCAUUACGAGACUACAAAAAGGGGCAAUUUCUCAUUGAGGGUAGAUUAAGUACUUUGUUUGGUUUAUCGGGGCCUGCCGGUUCCUCGAAUGGCUCUUCCGCCACGGACGCACAACAGAGGAGGAUUGCUGAUCGAGUUUGGGCGGCCGUGGAAAGAGUAAUGGGCGACAUGCGCGCGGCACUAAUGGCUCGACUGCAAGACGGGGAGGCAAACGUGGAAGAACAUGAGAAGACACUUGAGAUGCUUUCGGAACUCCAGAUUGCGGAUGACCCCGUAUGGAUGCAUUUAGAUAGUCAACACAGUCACAUCCUUGCGAAGAUGAAGACCACGCAUGAUAAGCGUGUACUGUUUAUUGAAGACGCGCGGGAUCGUCUCCCGUUGGAUGUAGCCGAACAGAGUCGGAUUACGGCAAACUUGUUUGAAUGCGUAUGCGCCCUUGAGACAAAAUCCGCCGAAGCCACCCUUAGCAAGGGACCUACCCAUGAGGUGUGGCAAGCAACUCUGGAUUAUGUGAAGAGUGUAUCCGAGAUAACUCUAGGCGCAUUACCUAACUUUUGGCGUAUUGGAAAGGCGUUCCUCGAGGGCAAGUUUAAAAAGACUUCUGGUGCAAGUACGGUCAAUCUGUCAACGGGGACGAGGCGAAGCCCCACACAGUGUCGGACGAUGGCGCUGGACGUUGUUCGCCAAUAUAUAUCGCUGAUCUCCGAGUACUUCAAAUUGUCUGACAUGGCGGUAUCAACUUUGUCUCCGGUCGCCAACGGCCAAGUGCCCAGCUCAUUUUUACCUCCCGGAGCCGAUUCAGUAUCUGCAGCACAUUGGUUACAAUUGAUUCUAAAAGAGAUUGUUGACUGCUCCCGAGAAAUCGGCGAAAUGGAGAUAGGGGGUGAUGCGUCCUCGAUGCUCAAGGAACUUAUCGACGGAGCGAGGUGGACGUUUGGUGACGCACUUUGCGGGCUUUGGGUCAGAGACUCCAAGAUAUUUCAUACACUUGAGACAUGGGUUACCGACCCAUCUAACAGGUCUACGACCUUCUACCUCCCACGGAUGCAUUUCUUCCAAAAGCACAACACUACUGCAGCGUUCAAGAUUGCAGGUGGAGCUGACCUUGGCUCCAACAGUUCCGAUUCCAAGCAGCGUCCAGUGCCUACCGUAUUCACAUCUAAAAUCUCUAAGACCUUUCUGGACUCGUUGUAUGCGUUCUUAGAUGGGCUUGCGCACUUAGCGUCACCAGAGUAUAGUUCAAUACAGUCCAUUAGGAACGAGGCGCGUGGAAAAUCAAACUCAGUAGCUCCUGUGGACCUGGCUAAUGUGGAUGUGCGCAUCUUGCUCGUGAUAUCAAACAUGGGAUACCUAAGCCUUUCGCUGAUCCCCAGUAUGAUCAAUCAACUGGAAGCUGCCUUUGGGAUCUCAAUCGCAAAUGAACGAAGGACUCUGAUGGAAGUCCUUUCGGAGAUUGACAAGAAACUCUUUGACACCUUUAUCAAAGACAAGAUUACCCACCUCACCAAGAUUAUGCGGUACGGAAUACUAGAAAGUGGCUUGGACUGGUACGAAACUCCACGACCGACAGGUACGAUCCCACCCAAUCUGUAA